CGAAACUGAAUUCUGCAUGCUUUCUCCGGAAGAAUUUCACAGCAAAACAAACGCCACCCGCGUCACUGGCUGCCUUCCUGUCGUCGACAGUUCUUUUCGGAUGAGCAAACCUUUGGUCAAAUUCAACAGUCCGAUGGACCUGCUGCCAGGUGUGGUUAAGCGGUACAGUGAAGACUUCUCGAAGCUGCCGCCAGACCAGCAAGCGGACUGUGUUUUUUUGCCCUUCGAGGCGGGUUCCAAGAGCAGGCGACAAACGCCGUCCGCAACGACAGGGAAGACAAAGCAGUUGUCGGGUGGGCCGUCGGGCGUGAAUCUUCCCUCGCCCUCCAUGAGGGGAGGUCGUGAUUUGGCUCAAGGUUCAAGCAAGGCAACGGAGUUUGAUGACAGGCUUCUGCACCAGCGCAAUGUUGGCCGUGAAAAUUUCCAGGGCAGUGCAGUUGCCCUGGACGAGGACAACGACGAGGACGAGGAAGGAGGAAGUGCCGGCCCGCAUGACGACGGCGGUAAUGAAGCAGAUGUGGAAGGUGGGGAUGACAACAUGCAGGACCGGGGCGCGCUUGCUGAUGAGGACGCCGACACGCCAAUGCAUGAUCAUGACAUCUCCCCCGCCGGCGCUGUGGGAGCCGCACGUGGUCAGCCCUCGACAUCCCGUGGGAUUUUGCUAUCGCAAAGAAGGAGUAAGGGUGGGCACGACUCACAUGCAAUGCAAGGACCGAAGGCGAAGAAAAGGACAAAGGAGACUUCUCCGUCUGCUUCUACUCACAAGAGGCAAACCAGGAUUGACAUUGUUAAUGAGGCUCGUGGAGCUUUGACAGCGUCCCAGGAGGCGUGGCCUCCUCGGAAAAACAGCCAAGGGGGGCGAUCUGGGGGUCAAGGCGGUGGCCGUGGGGGCGGUGGCCGUGGCGGGGCGCGGAAAGGCUCCCAGAGGGUGAGACCACAGGAGCUGCGGGACUCGGGAGAUGAGGGCGAGGGAGUGGAUCCUCGCAUGCCCGAAGAUGCUGAUGAGCCGGUUCAGCGCGUCGCGCCCAUCGACACUACGCGUUGUUUCUUCCUCGAGUACGACGACCAAGGCUUUGCUACGCAAGACGUCUAUGCUCUUCGCGUGGACGUCAUGAGAAUCAAACGCAUUCCCCGCGGAAGGAUUCUUUUCAACCACCGCUUGUUGUCUGAAAACAUUAUGCGAGGCAUCGAGAAUGUCAUCGAAAGCUCCAUCAGCACGGACCCGGGGGCGUGGGAUAGGCCCGAGCUCGUGCUUGCGCCAGUUGACCGCAAUAACAUUGUCGACGGCCAGGGAAGACGGAUCACGCCGACCGAAUUCUUGGAAAGGGACCCGACAGAGUUCAACUGGUAUGGUGUCUGUGGUCAGCAUACCAUUGAGGUCAUGAAGAGAUUGGUCAGAAAGGACUCCCCGACAGUUAAAGUUUAUGGCCUCAACGCGUACUCUAAGGUGCGGGUCGUCUAUUUCGGAGAUGAUCAAACACGAGGGUAUUUCAAUGUCUCCUGCUUCGACAACACAUGCGAAAAUCGCUCCAUGAUGUUGUCAUUCCAGGACGCUGUCCGUGACAUCAGGCAAUGGUGGAUAGACAACAAUAGAAUCGAGGCCCCCAAAGCCAAGGUCAGCGAGAAGGAUGAGGUGGCCGUUGCACAUCAGAAGACGUGGCAAAACUUCUUGAGGGCCUGCAUGGGGAAGACAUGCGACAAGGCGUUUGUAAAGCAAGCUUUCGAGAACGCGUACAGUAAGGAUUGGGGUAAUAAACUUCGGGGCUACAUGAACCUUGCCACAUUUAGUGUCGCAGUGUGGCCGCUGGUCGAGAAGUUCUUCGAGAUGUUCAACGAAGGAAAGCUGUCAGUUGGCGAUGGCAAAAUCCCGCUUGACAUGCCCGGGAGGAUGGAAGGCCGCCUGCCAGGCCCGUACACCGACGAGACCAAGGGACAAAGAACAUUGUACCAUUACAUAUAUGCAACAGAUGGUCCCAAAGGCUCCACCGUGUCGUGGAAGGAUCUUUGUCCUUCCUACUUCAAAAAUUUUGGGGAUUUGACAUGUCGUGAGAGGGAAGUUGCGUUGCUCCUGCUCAUGAAGGGGAAGGUGGUCGCAACGAACGUCAAGGUCUUGCCUCCAAGAGUGAACACAGAGUGUCUCCUCGACGUCAUGCGAAAGGAGCGGUACAUGGUGCGUAUGUUCAAUUAUCUUCUGUUCCGCGCGGAGGGAAGGGCGGCCGACGAAUGGAACGACGCGUUCUUCAUGUCGUACAAGGACCUUGAAGACAGGUAUAGGCCAAACAGUCUGUGCGCUGCUGAAUGGGAGAAGGAACGGGACAAGUUACAUGUCAAUAAGGUAAAGAUGGUCCCUCGACGACUUGGAGGAGUGGAGGAGGCAAGGCAAGGUCCGGGCUUGGGGCCUACGGCGGCAAUGUAUAAAGAGGCUCCGUUUCACCUUAAGGUCUUCAUAUACACUGCAAUCGAUAAGCUCGAUUUGCUUCGCGCCGAGGGACAUGUUCCACAAGUUGGGACGCAAAAGACUGAAGGUGUGGGAAUACCUGUUCCGCAAGGACGGCUUGACGGGAAUUACAUCUACAGGAAAGCAAAGGUGAGAGAGACCCUGAAACAUUAUCACGGUGCUCUUACUGGCGCCUUUGAGACUUUUGUUGCUCGAUGCGAGAUCCUGAAGUUCGAUCUUCAUAAAGACCAGCUGACGUCCAAGGACUACACUGACCUCGCGAAAUCGGGUGAUGGCUUUAACCCCGUCGACAGCGAGGAAGACUCUUCGGAGUCCGACUUCGAAUUGGGCGAGGAUAAGGGUGGUGAAGGUCCGGGCGGUGGCAUGGUGCGGUCACACGAUGAAGGGACCGUUCGCUCGUAUGAAAGACCCAUACCGGUGGCCGUCCACAGUGUUGGCUCGAUGGUGGCCCCCAUGGAGGGCACCGGUUUGCCAAACAUGGGAAUAUGUGGUCCCAAUGAUGAAGAUGACAUUGAUAUGCCAGGCGAGGCGUCGAAGCUCGCACCAGGCGAUCCAAUUCCUCUCGGCUAUUGUGCUGAUCCGACCACAAUUUAUUUCUUGGGGGGCAAACACGCCCGCACUGGUGAGGACAAGUGGGGCCAUGACAUCGUGUGGCAUGAGGGCAUUUUUUAGCCUUGCAUCCAAGAUGGGGAGUGAAAGAUGGCGGUCAAAUACACACGCGAAUGGCAGACGUUUCGCCGGAUGUCAAAGGACACUUGGCUGAAAACGACGAAACUCGCGAUUAUGUACCGCGUGCAAAAGGGGAAUCCGGGGCAGAGCGAGGGUGCUAUCAAAGACAAGGCCAAAGAAUUGUUUUCUGUAUUGCGAGACAAUCAGCAGUUGGAGUACAGUUGGAAAUUUUACUCCCUGCGAACGAGUCCCUCAUAUGGGUCAAUCGACUGGAAGGUCAAUCAAACUAUCGGAACCAU